AUGACCCGCGUCUACUUUCAAAUAAUCCCCAAUCUCGCCCUCCUCGGUGACAUCGGCCACGUCGCAGACCCCCAACUCUUCACCUUCCUCGAAGACCAACUCAGCCACUACUCGAUCGUCUUCUAUCUCCUUGGCAACCACGAUCCAUACCACAUGUCAUUCCAGCUCGCGAGGAAGAAAAUGCGGGAGUUCCAAGCAAAAGUGGAUAAACGCAAGAUUAUGCUGAGGAAGUUCGCCUUUUUGGAUCAGACGAGGUUCUACAUCAGCGAUGGGAUUACGAUUCUAGGUUGCACGCUAUUCUCGCAUGUCCCUCCGCACCAGGAGUUUGCUGUUGAGAUCCGGCUGGUGGAUUUCAGGGGUAUUCUACGGUGGGAUGUGGAUGAGCAUAAUGCUGCACAUGAGUCGGAUCUCAAUUGGCUUAAUGAUCAGGUUGGCCGAAUGGCUGUGGACGAGCCGCAUCGACGGAUCUGCUGGAGGGCAUUUAAUGUUGUGGCGUGGGCGUUUGGACAUAUGCAUCACAACUGUGAGUUCAGAGAUGAGGGUGGAAAGACUAUCAUGACGAAUCAGAAGGGGUAUUAUAUGUACCCGAAGAAGACGUUCGUUGCUGGCCGUGUGUUCACGGUUGGCGAAUAG